AUGGAUGAAUAUUUGCGAAAAAGGUACCUGGGGAAGGAAACCAAAAAGGACAAACGGCAUAAAAAGAGUAGUGUAAAAAUAUAUGACAGUGAAGAAGAGGACAGGAAAUUCCAUUCACACAUAGGAGAUGACCCCCCGUUGGAAGAUGACCCUUUUGUGGUGGACUCCGACGACAGUUCCGACGUCCCCAUUGUCAUCACAGCAGAUAAUAACACAGAAAUUGUGAACAUAUCAAAGGAAAGCAAAAAAAAAAUUUUUUUAAGUUUGAAGGGGGAGCUUACAACAGGGAAGUUAAUUGAAGAAACGAGGGAAGAGGCGUGCAGGAAAAGUGUUAAGAAGUUAAGAAGAGGAGGUGAUAGAUGCAGUCGGGGAGGACAAAGAGGAGGAUCUACUGGUGGAAGCAGCAACAAGAGUGAUGAACCGUCUGGGGGGGAUUCCCAAAGUAGUGACUUUUCCAGGGAUGCAGAUGGAGGAGGGCGUCGCGCAAGGGGGGAUAAGCCAAGGGGUGGCAGAAGAGACAGUCAUAGUAAUAGUAGUGACUCUGAUUUGUCUCCCCCGAGGAGGUUAAAAAGUGCUGGAAUAAGAAGUCGUGAUGGAAGUGGGAGUGACUCUGAUUUGUCUCCCCCGAGGAGGUUAAAAAGUAGAAGGGGAAGAAGUCGUAGUGACAGUGGGAGUGACUCUGAUUUGUCUCCCCCAAGGAGGUUACGAAGCCACGCAGGGGGGAAGCGAUCCCGGUCUGUGUCCAGUUCGAAGCAUGACAGUGAAGACAGUAACGACGCAAGUGACGAUAGGGAAUCCCCGCCAUCUUCGGGGAAAGGCAAAAAAAAACAAGCAGGAAGAUCCCCCGAAGGAAGCAAAAAUCAAAACGUGGAAUCCACCAUAUAUAGAGACAAAGGGGGGAAAAUCAUCUCGAGGGAGGAAUGGAUCAGCAAACAAAAGGUAGAUAUGAAUGCCAAGUAUAGAAGAAGUGGAAAAAAAGGAGAAGAAGACGAACACCAAGACGAUGAAAAAGGAAAAAAAAAAAAAAAAAAAAAAAUAAGGACACCAAAGAACUAG